AUGAACGAGAAAUUUCGUAUUGCUACAAAACAUGGAAUCCUCAAUAUUCAUGGCUCUGAUGGAAACAGUGUGGUGACAAUGAAAAAUUGUUCCCUUACGACUGAAGACAUCCAAACAUACAACGUAUUCAUAUGUGAGGUCUUUUGAUUUGAUUAAAUUGGAACGAGUUAAAGAUAUAAAAAAAGUGUCCGGGUCAAAAAAUUAUGUAUAUAAUUCUCAUUUAUUAACAUAAACAUAUUUUAAAUUUCGGUCAAAAUUUUAUUUAUUGUAUAUACGGUAGUUUUGUUAAAUAUUGCUAAGAAUUAUGAAAAAAAGAUUAUUAAGAAAACGUUAUUUGUUUCAAAACUAUUACAAUGUCACUUCCUGUCUUAUAACUAGGAAGGCAAUAAUCCAACUAAUUAAAUUUCACAAGACAUGACGCGUGGUGAAACCCGCAUUACUCGCAAAGUUAUAUUGUCAUUAUUAUAUUUUUAAUGUUAAACAUAUAUUAGAUAUUUAAUGAAUGUACCUGAUAAUCUAAUAGAAAUAAUAGACUUACGACUAUGACAAUAUGCGAUUUUAAACUCACUUGGCAAAAAUUGAAAAAAUUAUUUAAUGUAUGUAUUAAUCCUAAUUAUCACAGUUUAAUUACGAACUUGCAGUUCAGUCAUGAAUGAGCGUAACUUUUGAUUUUAUGUCAAAAUAAAUUUAUUUUGAAGAGACCACACAGACCGUUUAAUUAUUAAGUUUGAUAACCUAGGUAUAUAAGAAUAUUACUAUGUUGAAGAUUUCCAAAAUAUUCAAAUAAUCUAAUAUAGGUACUGUACAUCACCGAAAUCUAACAAAAAUAAAAUAUUAAAGCUACCUAGGUAGCUUUAAUAAAAAUAUAACAAUAAUAUGUAGUAAUAUUAAUAAUCUAUUUUUUCAGAAAAAGUUUGUGGACCAAAUUUUAAGUGUCCUCUUUUUUACUUAUACAUUAAAAACUGAAAACAAAAUGAAGGUAAAGAUAAAUACAAAAUCCAUUUAUCUAAAUUCUAAAUGACUUAAUAUAUUAUAAAAUUACCUUUCUUAUAAUUACUAUUACCAAAAUUAUUUAUAAAAAUAUAAACCAUGUAGUUGUUUAUUUCACUUAUUUUACUACAAAACUAUCAUUGAAAAAAUAUGAUGAACAUUAACUUAAAAAAAAAAUUAGAACUAAAAUCUAAAAAUAUCUUGAUUAUUUAUUUAUUUUUAUUUUUGAGCUGCACUGGAAACUUGACAUUUUUUCUUUUGUACUAAUCUGUCUAUAUUUGCACAAGAAUAUGUUGAUGUCCAAAUGUAAAACAGAUUGUAAUUUCAUUGCGAUUUUUCGAUUUGUUUAAUUUCAUGAGAGAAAAUAAUUGUUCACAUACAUAAAAGCUACCGAACAUGGAUACAAUUUUAGAAAAGUGUUUCUUUAGUUUUGAAUAAAUGUUUCCAAGGUAUUUAAAAACUUCUGGAACUCCAACAGUUUCAAAUUUUGAUUUUAAAAUAGAAUUACAUUGACAAUAAAUUAACUCGAGUUGUAAAUCUCCCUUCACAUUUUCUACAUUUAUAAAAAAUUGAUCACUAAAAAAUAGAAAAUCAUUUUUAUAUUUUUGAAAAUCUGCAAAUCUGUUCAUAAAUUCAUUUUUUAAUAAUAAAAUGUAUGAAAUAUAUUUUUUACUAUCAUUACUGUCUGUUGAUAACUGUAUUAAUAUAGAACUGUGUACCAAGUUAAUUAAUGAAAGUAGAAUCUCCCAUAAUCGUAAAUAAAUGAAUUGAGUCGUGAUAACUUUGUUUUUUCCUUAUAAUUGUAGGUUGAGAAUAUUUAAAUGCGUGGUAAUAUCAACAAAGAGAGCUAAACCAUACUUUAUAUUAUAAAGUAUGACUUACAGGGUGCGACCCAACAAUAAAACUGUUUUACGGAAAUAAAAGCCAAAAGGUUGUUCCAAACGAUUCGUAAUCAGUCAUACCUAUUUAUAAAACAAUGAUUAAUCUAUGUUUCAAUAAAAACAAGUGCCAAUAAUGUAUAUCGGUUACAGGAUUAUAUACAGAGUAGAUAUUAUACAUAAUGACUAUUACCUAUAAUUUAUAUGUUGGUGGUAACUGUUAGGGGUUUCUCAAGCUCCUAAGGCUCUUCAUACAUUUUGUUGAAACCAUUAUCGUACAAAUUAUUGGGUUAACUAUAAAAAUGCGUACAAAAUAUUUACUAAAUGAUUGGGCAAUAUUUAAAAAUUAAAAUUUAUAUAAUGGGUGCAAAGUCAUCAUCGUUAUUGCCAUUAAAAUAUUUAUAUUGCUCUAAAAUCUGCGGUGCGAAUAAAAACAGAUAAGCCAACGUCAACAAUGCACAAGUAUCGAAUUAGCCCCUCAAAAAUAAAUCUGAGUAAGAAUUAGAAUUUUAUAUUGUAUAACACAAAUUAAAUUUUAAAAAGUUAUUCAGAUGUUAAACAAAAGAGACGUUAAUGUCACUGAUAAAAUUACGUAAUUUAAAAAGCUAAUCUCAGUAAGGGGAAAAUCUAAGGCAUCGUUUUGAGGAGGGGGAGGAGAGAAAUUGCAACAGGCACAAUAAAUAUUAUUUUUGUAGAACUAAAAUACAAUUUAACUUUAUAACACUAAGAACAAAUUAUGAAAGUUCGAUUUUACUGAAAACUAGUAAUCAAAAAAUACGUUAUGAUUAACAUUUCUCUUUGUUUUUAUCUUUUUGUUUAGUUUUUUUCAAUCUGUAUAGCACUGUGGUACUUACUAUAAAAUUAUUGUGUUGAUUUUGUAAGUUUUUUUUUUUUAAAAAUGUCUGAAAUCACUUUUAUUAUUAAAACUAAAGCAUUUUUAGAUAUAGUGUAAUAUAAAAUAAUAUAUAGAAAACCGCAGAGUAUGGAUGCUAUUUGAAGAAGGUUUAUUUUCAGAAUUUUCCUGGGAGUUUAACAAAAUGUUUUUGCCGAAGCUGUGAAAAACGGAUAAAAAAAUCAUUAGAAAGCGUUUAAAUGUGAAUCACACGAAUUCUUGACCUUUUUUGGUAAGCCGUUUUCUACGCUCGGAAUCGUUUUCCAAAUGUGGUAAUGAUUCGUAGAGCUUAAACUCGAAAAAUAAUACAACAGCGACCAGUAUACGUAGUUCCAAUAUCGAUAGUUUGUUUGUGUAUUUUGAUUUAUACAUUUUGAAGAAAACGAAGCAGUUAUUAUAUUAAAGUAUUGAAAUUUUACCGUAUGGCGAUGGUUUUUAUCUCACCAAAAUAUUCUCCCUGUUAUUUAUAUGUCAAGAGAAUGAGACUUAAAGUUAAGUUCUACAAACAUGAGGUGAAACUGACUAUGUCGUAUGGUUCAGAGUGUAGACAAAAUAAUAAAAUAGAGAAUGAAUAUAGCAGAUAUGAGAACGUUUAGGCGGAUGAGUAGAGUGACGAGAGAAGAUGAGUUAGGGAACGAGUACAUACGAGGUAGCUUAGAUAUGGCUUCGAUAGCAGACAAAAUGAGACAACAUAGAUUGAGAUGGUUAGGGCAUGUUACAGAAAGAGAGGAAUUUGAAUCAGUCAGAAUUGAAGUUAAAAGGAAAGCGAUGAAAGGAAGACCAAAAAAAUAA